UUUUAUUUCAGCAUCUCAGGAGCUCAUCUAUUAAGUCUGUAUGGGGUUAAAAUUAAUCCAGAUGUGUUUACACAGUAUCUGCUUUAAUGCAGUAGGCACAGCUGUUUUUCGGAUGUAUCCUGGCUAGAUUCCAACGUGAGCAGUCACAUUUUCCUUGUCUCUAUACUCCCUUGUAGUUUAUCAACAAGAACACAAGAACUACAAGAACAUUAUUAAUCUUUGUAUUUAAAAAAAAACAUUAAUUGAGGGUCUACUGCCAUGAGAGGCAUUUUAAUGAUUGUGUAUUUAUAAAUUCAUCUGAAGUUGUGGGGGAUUUUGCCUUCUAGUUUUUAAACUUUUGGGACUGGAUUUCAAGCUUUUUCUUGCCAAUGGGCUAAAAGCUUUAAACUGAUCUGAAAGUUUGGUGUAUUCAUAGAAGGCUAGGGGUUCAGGUGUUGGUUUAACCAAAUAUCAUUAAGCUUAGAAUAUAAGGUGACACCUAGCAGGAUGGCAUUAGCCAGUGGCUAAUUGAGAAUACAGGUGGAAAAAGAAAAAGCACGUGCUCAUGUAACCACUUUCUGAUGCAAAACGAAGGGAUCACAGCUUGGCUCAAAGCCCAAAUUUAUUUUUCUUAAAAGAAAAUUUGAACCUAAAGAGGCAGGACAAUAAUUUCUAUAUUGUUAAUUAGGCAUUAACAAUGUGCAAUUUUUGUUUCUUCUGACAAGGAUAACAUAGGUAGCCGUGCACCUGUACCACCAUUAGAUGUUCUUCAGGGGUGUGUUGUGUCUUUCAAUAUCUUGUGAUUCCCUGCUGCUUGGUGGAGGUGUUGCCAUUUUGUGUUGGAUUUCCUGUUAGGGCUUAUCCUUGUUUAUCGUGGCAGAGUUAGCUUUGACAGGAAAGUACAGGAUUGCUUUUGCUUGUGGAAAAGAUGUGACUUUUAUUUGAACUCUGUCCCCUGUGGGAUGAGUAAUGGUAGGGGAUUUGUGUACCUUUCAUGGCUAGCUGCUAGACAGGGAUUGAACAGCAGGGAUGAAGAGAGCUGUAUCCCUGGAAUAAAAUUGCUUCUGUGUCUGAUGCGUUUACGAGUCUGCUAGAAACUUCCAUUUGGAGCUGUGCACAUCUAGGCUUGUCAAGAGUUGGCAAGGACAUUGUCCCUUUUGAUUGUCUGAAGCAGCAGCAUAGCCAAGAAGACAGUAGUGAUACUAGUUCUGGAGAUUUCAUUGCACAUCUUGAUGUCUCCCAUGGAAGAUCCAACAUGUGGAGUUACCUGAAGGUAGAAGCUUCAUCUUUCCCUUGGAAAGCAAGGUUCUCUCUCUCUUAUGGUAACAAAUGAACUGCUGAUUAAAAAGGACUCCAAAACCGGAAGGCAAAACAUGAAAAACCAACCCAAAGUUAAAACUUUAAAGCUAUUCUCAUAAUCUAGGAAACCUCGGUCAUAAUAUUAAAUAGGAUUGAAAUGCUGGUAGCUGUUACAAUUGCUGGACCAGAAUCUAUUUUUCUAGAUUUGUAUUUCAUUAUUUAUUUGUUUUAUACUAAGCAGAGGACAAAAUCGAUGGGGGGGCAGAUUUAUCUGUUUGCAAAAUAAAACAACAGCAACACAUGAGUUGUUAUGCAAUGUUUUCUCUAGUAUCCACAUGAUUAAAAACACAAGUUUUUCCUUGUAAUGAGUCCAACUAGAUUCCUUUUCUUUUAACAGUUUUUAUGUUGUUAAAUUGUUCCUUCACGGGAGUUUUCAGGGGCUUUCUGAAUUGCAUGGCAUUUGUUAGAGGGAAAAAAUAAAGAAACCUGUGCUGCCAUUAUCUUUGGUUAAAUUCAGGUCUGUAUCCAAAUUGCUGUCAUUUUCAGUUUUUACGGGUCUGCUUAACUUUGCCUAAUCCAGCAAAGACCCAAUGUGAAUUGUACUUAAGUUCGAAGUUUCUUUUGUCAAAAGCUUAUUUGUGAACUGUGAUUCAGCCUGUAGUUUUAAAGUAAAUGUGAAGUUAAACUUUUUUUUUUCAGAGUUAAGAACUUAGUGAAAAUGAAUACCGAAGGGAUGUGUGGAUAGCUGUCUCUCUUUUCAUAUGAUGCCUACAGCUAAAAUAAAACUAGUUACAAAGGGCUCCACCCCUGCAACAACUUUAGGCAGAAUUUAGAGCUGAUGUGUCUGCUCACACACAGACUACAGAAGCUAGAAACAAUUCUAAGGCAGGCGUGCCUGUGUGCAUGCUUACGACGCUGGCUUUCCAAAGCAAAAGUGAAAACUUGUGUGAAGAAACCGAGAGGCUGAAGGGGUUAAAUGAAAUACAACUCUGCUUUUCCUGUGCAGUAAGGAUUAGUAAUCAAACAGAAGCAGGAGAGAAGAGCGCUGAAGUGCCACUGUUUCAACAAGAACGACUGGAAAGUGGGUUCUGGAGCUUGACUGCAGUGUCUCCAACUUGUGCUCACCUGUCACAGGUGAGCACACGUCGAAGGCAGAGAUGAAAAACCUGUUCCUUCUGCUUAUGCUGACAACAUUACCUUCUGCAUUUUCAGGCCGCCGGAUGAAACGGCAGGUUGAUGCCUGGGGGAGCUGGGGUGAAUGGAGCAAGUGCAGUCGGAGCUGUGGUGGUGGAGUCAGCUUUCGGCAGCGGCACUGCUAUUCCCAAAGGACAGAAGGUCCUUCCAGUUGUGUUGGACCAACACGAAGCUAUCGGUCAUGUAAUGUCCAGAACUGCCCAGAAGGCUCCCAAGAUUUCCGGGCAGAGCAGUGUGCAGAGUUUGAUGGGACAGAAUUCCAAGGCAAGAAAUAUAAGUGGCUUCCAUAUUAUGGAGCACCUAAUAAGUGUGAGUUAAACUGUAUUCCCAAGGGAGAAAACUUCUACUACAGGCACAAGGAAGCAGUGGUAGAUGGGACUACCUGUGAACCUGGCAAGCGAGAUAUCUGUGUAGAGGGAGUUUGUCAGGCUGUUGGCUGUGAUAAUAUGCUGGAAUCUGCCAAGAAGGAGGACAAGUGCCUGCAGUGUGGAGGAGAUGGCAGCACCUGCUAUGGUGUGAAGGGCACUUUUGAUGUGGCCAGCCUCCCCAAAGGUUACAAUCAAAUCUUUAUUAUCCCAGUGGGAGCUACAAGCAUCCAAAUUAAGGAGGUUAAGCCCAGCAGGAACUUCCUAGCUGUCAAGAACGUGCGAGGGGAGUAUUACCUGAACGGGCAUUGGACAAUUGACUUCAGCCGGGCGCUGCAGGUGGCCAGCACGGUGCUGCACUAUGACCGUGGCUCGGAGGGUGAUGUGGCCCCAGAGCUCCUCCAUGCCCGGGGUCCCACCACAGAACCCCUCGUGAUUGAGCUCAUCAGCCAAGAGCCAAACACGGGGGUACAGUAUGAGUAUUACCUGCCCCUGCAAGGACAGGCCUCGGGUUACAGCUGGAGCUACAGUUCCUGGAGCGAGUGCAGCUUGGAAUGUGGAGGAGGUUUCCAAUCCCGCUUGGUGUUUUGUACCAUAGACAAUGAAAUUUAUCCGGACUAUAUGUGCAGGAGUAAACCACAGCCAGACAACAACCGGACGUGCGGUCAUCAGCCUUGUCCCCAGACAAAACGGACUUCUUACAUCUACCUGCCGCAAGCAUGGAGUCACAGUGGCGCAUGGAGCUCUCAGAUGAAGAGGUGGAAAACAGGAGAGUGGGGAUCCUGCUCAGCCAGCUGUGGUGGGGGCAGCCAGACUCGCUCCGUGUACUGCGUGGCGUUUGAUGGCCAGAGCUCGCAGGGGGUGGUGGAUGAUGCCGAGUGCAUGGCCUUCGCCCAGCAGCCACGCCGCAGCCAGCCCUGCAACGUCUGGCCAUGUGCCACCUGGAGCACGGGGCCCUGGUCUGAGUGCUCAGCCAGCUGUGGGGAAGGAGUGCAGACCCGGACUGUCACCUGCAGGACACAGCAGGGCUCUCAGGCUCAGGACUUCGCUUGCCUAAUGGAGCCUAAGCCAUCGGCCACCCAGCCCUGCCUUAAGGAGAACUGCAUCCAGGAAGUCGGCUGGCACGUUGGAGACUGGGGUCUGUGUUCCAAGAGCUGCAAUUCAGGCAUCCGGACACGCCAGGUCAUCUGUGCUGACGGCGACUCCAAAUUCUACAGUCCUGAGACAUGCAAAGCCAUCCAGCCACAGAAACCAGCCACCCUGGGUAGCUGCAACACACAGCCCUGCUACCUGCCACAGCAGGUCCCCAGUAUGCAGGACACUAUGGGAUAUGAUAUCACUCGCCAGUCCUUGCUGACGCGUUACAACCCAAGCAGCCCUGCACCAGGAGUUGUCUCCUCAGAUUCUGAUGAUGGAAGGAUGCUCCCUGGGAACACCAUGAUCCAUAGUACCUCAGAGAAUCAGCACAUUCCAUCCACCAAAGACCACGGCAUCAACUUAUUCCCUGUCCGCUGGGAGCCCCAGUCUCGCUCGGCAGGUUCCCAUCGGCUCAGCUUCUCUCAGGACACCCCUGCAGGGACUGCCUCCCAGGACUGCCACCAGAGCCCACAUGGCUGCUGUCCAGAUGGGCACACUCCAGCGUGGGGCCCUCUGGGGAGAGGUUGCCCUUCCAGCACCUGCCACCAAAACAGGUAUGGCUGCUGCCCUGAUGGAGUAUCACCUGCCCAGGGUCCAAACAACAUUGGAUGCCCACAAUAUUACCGAGACAUUCAAAUGAGACAAAAUUACCCCACUGCGACCACUCCAGCAGUAAGCCAAGCCUUGUCCCAGCAGCACCCCUCGGGCGAGUGCCGCGGCUCCGUGUACGGCUGCUGUUUUGACAACGUCGCCUCAGCCUCGGGUCCUCGUGGGGAAGGAUGUCUCCAUAGACCCAACUACCCAUACCCUGUCAUGUGCCUGCUGCCCAGUGCCCACGGCCCCUGCACCAACUGGACCACUCGCUGGUACUUUGUGGGAGUUGUUGGCAAGUGCAACAGGUUUUGGUAUGGCGGCUGUCACGGCAACAAGAACAGCUUUGCCUCAGAGGAGGAGUGCAUGAGAGUGUGCCACAGCUCUGUGGGGGUCAGUCAUCUGGAGCUCCAGCCCUCUCCUGGCACAGGAGCCCUGCAACGCCAGCAGACUGGCUCCAAUUCUCAUACAGGACGUGCUCAGGGUCAGCAGCAAUCACACACAAGAGAGACUGCAAGUCACAGCCAAGAAGGAAGAACCUACGGGGCUUCAUUCCCCACACGAGACAGCUGGAGGAGGGAUGUGCUGCCAGAGGCCUUGCCAAGGACUGGUGUGCUGGAGAGCCAGCACUGGGACACCCAGCGAAGCAGACUGGACAGCCUGGGCCAGCUGCGCUCCUGGGACACAGCCGUGCCUGGGCCCUUGGACAAGCAGAGCAGCAGUGGCCAGCAGGUGCUGCCCCGGGAAGACAAGCAGUGGCAUGAAGCUUUUGGAACAGAUGUUUCCGUGACAGAGGGAUUUGGGCACCAGUCUGCAGACUUGUUCCCAGCACAGGCUCUGCACAGAACAAUCCUGGAGGAAGCCAAGCCCUCUCUUGUGACAGCAGUUGUGGGACAAAACAUCCAGCUGGUCUGCAAGACAGGCGUGUCCCCACCCUCCAGAGUGGAGUGGAUGAAGAACAGCCGACCGGUGUCCUCUGACAGGCACACCUACCAGUCCGACAGCUCCCUGGUCAUCAGCCACGUCGAGCCCGAGGACGCUGGCACCUACACAUGCCGCACUUCCCACGGCAGGACGGAGAGCCGGCAGAUUCAGCUGCAGAUCAUAGGGGUGUCAUCCUCUGCUCAGGACCGGAGAGAGUACCAGAGCACUGCUCUGGCAGAGGGUGAGAGAGGCCGGGUCCUUCACAAGGCGAAUCAGCAGCACCGAGGGUUAUCCAGAGGCAGGCAGCUUGAGCAGGCAGCCGGCUCCUCGGUGCGUCAGCAGCUCACAUACAGGUUGAAAAUGGAUAAGAGCGAGCCCACAGUAGUGGAGGCCAAUGUUGGGGAGAGAGUCAGACUGCCCUGCACAGUGGAAGCAUCACCAGCUCUCACCAUUGAGUGGCAGAAAGAUGGGCAACUCCUCUCCUCUCCCAGGCACAGGCAGCAGUCGGACGGGGCCCUGGUGAUCAGCCGGGUCAGCUCUGAGGACAGCGGCUUCUUCACCUGCAUCGCCUCCAACGGACGUGACCGCGACCAGCGCCAGGUCCUGCUCCGGCCUCUAGGAGAGCUGAGGAUCACUGGUCUUCUGCCAAGCAUCACAGUACCUGAGGGAGGGACUGCUCAGCUUCUUUGUACAGUGACUGGCAACAAUGUGAAUAUAAGGUGGUCAAGGAAUGGAGUUCCCAUGCGGGGGGAUGGCCACCACAUCCACUUGUCUCAGGAUGGAAGCCUGACUAUAAGCAAUGUCCGAGAGGCUGACGAGGGAUCCUACACAUGCAGCGCCUACAGCAGCAGCAGCUCUGUCAGUGCCAGCUCGGAGGUGAAGGUGCUGAGGAGCCGGCCUAGCACUACCGUGAGUCACGUUGUGGAUCUGAGCAGAGAGUGUGUGGACCAACCCCACCUUGCCAACUGUGACCUGAUCCUGCAGGCCCAGCUCUGCAGUAACGAGUAUUAUUCCAGCUUCUGCUGCGCCAGCUGCGCUCGCCAGCGUCCCCAGGGCAGUGCCCCGCACCCCCGCGGGUGACGGCCACCCCCACGGUGACCGAUGACAAGACUGGAGGUGUCAACGCUGUCCUUCUACUGCAUGGAACAGUUCUAGGAACUCUGCUCUGCUGGAAAGCUCAAGAGGGUGAAUUGAACAGCAUGUAGUGGGUGUAAAUGCUCAAAGGUGGGAGACCCGCCACCCUCAGGUUUAUUGUAAACUCCUUUUCCCCCUGUAUGCCUUGCUGUACCUAACCCAUCUCUUAAGGGUAGUUGCUGUCAUUCACAGAAACCAGAUGAUAGGAGGGAUGUAAGGAUGAUGUGACUAGAGAAGGCAGAUGACCAGCAUGAAAGAGGGAGAGACCAAUUCUUCAUACAAGCAAGAGAGAAGUGCUCUUAAAAACAUAAUCUCUGAAGUGUUUGAAGAUGGGCCUGAAUCAUUCCAACCAAAGCACUAAUGAGCCAUGAACAUUUGUUCCUCCAAUGAGCAUUGCUGAACAAGUGCUCCUGGGGAGCACUUUCCAUCUAAAUGCAAAGGACUCUGGCCACAAGAAACAGCUUGAUGCAUUCAGAAUUAGUGUUCAGGUCCUAGGAGAUUACUGGCUCUCGGGAUGCAGCUGUAAUGUCAUGUUACUGUAGCUGUUUUAUUCCAGCUUGGACAAAUUUCUAGUGGGGUCAGCUUGAUUUCUACAUGACUGCGAUCAGCUUUGGAGUGAAAUGCAGAAGCAAUGCUUCACAGAAAGGUUAAGACAAAAUAAAAAACUACUUUUAGCCCUUCCUGUAAGCUGGGGGUACUUUAGAUGAAUAUACCGACACUGUUACCUGUUCUGAGAUGCUGCAGUUUAAACAGCAGCUCAGCAGGUAAUCUUUUUCCCCUGAGCCAGAAGUGUGCUGAGUUUGGGCAGGGGGUAAUAAUAAACACAUAGAAAUAUGUGUGUAUGGGCAUUUCACUUGCCAGAAUAAACCUCCCGAGGAUCUAGUCUCAGUUAAACCAGGAAAGUGUGGCUCUGCAUGUGGCCUGGGCUAAUGCCUGCUGCUACAGGCUAACAAGGUAGGACUUCCAGAUGCAGAGCAGCUGUACCUGAAAAGGAUCCUUCAUUUCAAGACCAACAUGGAGUGGGAAGCAAGCAUGUAUCUGGGGCUCUGAAAUCUCAGGCAUUAGGGGUGGGGAGGUGAGAUUUUAUCAUGAUUAUAUCAUGUUAAGGGCCAGGAAAGGCACUUAGGUAUCUUCAGUAUCUCAAAACAGAAUUACUUUUGAGCAAAAGGAUUCUUUUACAGCCUCCACACUACUGUUCUAUCCUAGCAUCGACCCUGACAGUCCCCUUCUUCAUUCUAGACUUGGAUGGGUUGAUCACAAUUAUUAGCAACAUUACCCGUGUAUUAUUUGCAUAGAUGUAGCUAUAAGCUGGUGUGUAAUGUUGGUAUUUUGGCUGGGGGGAUGGAGGAUUAGGGUUUUUUUUACUUUUGUCUUCUACUUGCAUUACUUUAAGGCUUUUAAGAAAUGCAGCUAAUUCAGGACUGUGCUCAUACCACUCUCCUCUCCUUUAGUCCUGAAGUCCUCCAGUCAGGGCAGCGGCAAAACAUAGGUGUAAAUUGCCAGGGUUGACAGCCUGGAGUUGGUUUGUACUCUGAACCCAGUAAAUCAGUUCACAUGGACCUAAAAAUAAAAAAUCCCUGACCUACUGACUGCACCCUCAUCAGCACAGGUACGGUUCAGGGCUGGACACACUGCUCUAGCAUGUGAACAAAUGAGAAAGUCUACAAGCAACCCAGUACAGGACCAACAGGUGACAGUCACAGCUAUCUGGGGCUUUGUCCUUCUGUGUUCUGAGAGAUUCUGGUUGCUAGGAAAGACAAAAAUACUUAUUUUGCAUUUAUGACCCUUUAAUUUGAUUAGGGAAAAUUUCCUCUGCUGGAAUGCAGGGCAGGCAUCACAGUAUAAGGUUUGAACUGGAAAUCAUUGGAUAUUUAAGAACAAUGAGAUGGUCCUGAAAACAUCGACUUGUUUGUACAUUUUUCCAUUUAACAUCUCAGACCAGCAUCUUAGAUUUCUCUGAGUGCGUGUAUAGGAUAUAUUACCACUUUAGUAUUUGCUAUGAUUUUUGCCUUUUGAGACCAGAGAGUCUGUAAAUUCCAGUCAUUUUGAAGCCCUCUCCGUUCCAUGUGUGGCAUCAAAGUGUAGUCAGGGUUUGCUCAGGAGCAUGGUUAGAAGUGGAUGUAUCAGACCGUUUUGUCCCAGAAUAAGUAGCCAGUUCUGUAAAAUCCCUUUCUAAGAUGUCAGAGGCACUAUUUUUAGAGUAUGUAAAUAUUCUGUGUAGUCAGCUGGCAUUUAAGCUCUAUAGUUACAUGAGAUGGGACCAGAAAGUGGUUUCUCCAGACUUCUGAGGGCUGUAACAGCCCUCUCCCUACCUGCUGAUGGGCUGGACUUUAACAUUGGAAGUGCUUUGGUUGGUGGAGAGUUUAUGUUGACCUCCUUUUCAUGCACAACCAUGGCAGUAAGGCUGGGAUUGACAGGCAUGCAGCUCCCUGCUGUAAAUCCAUGCCAUCAACUCAACUAAAGGAUCUUUACAUUUCUUCUGACAAGAUCAGCUUCUCCCUCUCUGUAGUACCACUUAAUCAUCUUCUCAAGGUUUGCUUUUUUUUUAUGUGAGAAUCAAGAUGUUAGUUUUCUUCCCUAAACAAUGGGUUGUAGGAAGUGCUUAUCUCCAGGGCAGGAGAAGGGUGUAGCUAUACUGGGCUAUUUUCAGCUUGAUCUUGGGGCCCUUACUGUGAAAGAUACAAACUAACUGCUUGCUUUCCUACUGUAAAUGCCUAGAAAUACUUGUUUGCUUUUUGAAAGCUGAAAAAAAGCAUUGACACCAACUUGAUUCCACAGGGAAUGUUUGCAUUACUAAUCUUACCAUACUGAACACAGGUAAAAAUCUGUCAUGUCAAAAGCUGUAGUUUUCUAGACUGUCACUGUAAGACUCACUGGACUCGCCUGGAAAUGGAAACUGUUGGCAAGCUCAAAUCCAAGGGCCAACAAAGGGAGCGUUUCUUCCCCUUCAGGUUAUGGAGUCUGACUUGUUUCCUUUUGUCUAAACUGACGUGGUGCCCGUAAGAAUGGAGUAAGAACCAGUCACACUUAACAGGGUAGAGAUAUCAGCUCACUGGAAGAACACAAAAGAGGUGAAAAUACAUCACAUCAUCUCAUAUGGCUCUUUUUAAGAGUAGGGAAAAGACAGAGUUUUUCUUUUUGCCAUUACUUGUUAAUGUUACUGUCCUCAUCUUUUGUCUCUCUGUAAAUAUUCAAUGAUAGAAAAUACAGCCAUGCAAAUCCAGAAUUUGAUGUUUUCAUUAAAGGUCUCUAUUUUAGAGCUUUAA